CAAGUCCGCCUAUUGUUUGGUGUUCACCACCUUUUCUUUCUAUUCUCCCGUUACCAAGGCCGGCCUUAUUCCCUUUUGAUUCUCACCACUAGACCCCUUUGCUGGCACUGUCGUCUAUUUUGUCAUCGGUUUUUUUCCCCCUUCUUCUUUCUUUUCUUCUUCUAUUCGUCUUCGUGCCAGCCGCUCUUCACCUUACACCUUCCAACAGCUCGAUUCGAAUUGGUCUUCGCCCGAGUCUCGCUGUCUAUUACUGCAACUAUUACUCACUCAACCAGCCUCUACGAGCUCAUCUCCCAUUCGAACAUCGUCGAUCCUAAGGCCAUGGUUCGGAGUGAUUGACAAAGGGUACAUCUUGGCGACUAUCACCGGUCCGGGAAAUGAUAGGAGAGGAUAGGAUGAUCGAGGAACAAGGCAUGGCUCCGCACGUAAAACAACGCGACCACAAGCCUUCCAAAAGGCGUGCGCGUCCUGUCAACAUCGCCGUGCCGCCUUCGCUUUGGGAACGAGACGCCGACUCCGACGACGAGUAUACCGCCCAGGUAGAGAGAGCCGCAGGAGGCGUAUGGAAAAGGACUGCCAACUCGGGCGCCAGGGUUCCCGAUGAGACGGUAGAACGUCGCUCAGACAGCGACAGUGACGACCAGGCCCGGAGGAACCGACUCAACCAACCACCCCAGCAACAGCCUUCGAGCCCCGACACGCCCAUUGCAAGACCUCCGAAUAACGUGGCGACAUCAAAACCACCCCUUCCGUUAGCAUCACUGCGGCCAGCUCGCCCAGUAGUCCCCAUUCCGAUUUUGAGACCGGUCCCGGCAGCACCACCCGUGUUUGCGUCACAAACUCCCUCCGCUACUUCACGACCUCCAGCCUUCGAGGCUCCCGAGCCUGUCCAGCAGCUACCGCAAGAGACACCCAUAUCUCGCCCAGAACUCCCCAUGGACGCCCCUGAGCCUCCUCCCCCUCCACCUCCCGGACCUGAGGACCCCCCACCACCACCGCCGCCGCCUGUGCUCGCUCCAGGAGAGCCCGAUCCACCACCGCCACCACCACCACCUCCUCCUCGUCCCCCCUCUCCUCCCCCUUCUCCUCCUCCUCCUCCUCCUCCUCCUGAGCCCGAACCCGAACCUCAACCUCCUGCGCCGCCACCGACGACCAUGACAGUAACAUCUCCUCCUCGAACGAUAACGCUCAUCUCCACUAUGGCGCCUCCUCGUGAUCCUCCUUCACCAAAGAAGUCGAGCCGUUCAUCGUCGCGGUCGUCAUCGUCAAAGCCUCCGCCAAUUACCACUCCUACUCCGACUCCGACGCCUACUCCGACGUUGCCCCCGGCACCAACCGGACCAACAAGCCCACCUGGUCUGCCACCUCUGCCACCCGUUGACCCCUCGGCUCCAAGGAAAGGUAUUGAGGGUCACUCGGCACCCACAGUCACGGCCACCUUGGCUUCAGCUGUGCUCCCUGCCGAAACGAUCUCUGCCCUUCCUGGGCAGGCCAGCUCCGACCGGGGUAAGGACGAUGGAAGACCGCCCCGAAUGAACCCAGAGACGGAGCACGCCCUCAUUGCCGUAGGCUCAAUAGGAUCUUUCAUCUUUGCCUCAUUCUUGGUGUGGAUUGUGUGGAGAACGAUGAAGAGGGCAGCGAGGAGGAGAAGGGAAAGAGAGUCUGGCUUCCCAGGCGACCACCCUGGAAUGGGCUCCAAGAUUCCUUUCUUCAAGGGACCCAUGGGCGGAUGGGAGAACCUGGACAGACGCCGAAGCGAGUCGAACCAGUACGAAAAGGGACCGAGAGGAACGCUACGGCUGGAUACCGGUUUCUACGGCCCCAACGGCAAACCGUCGAGCUAUGGCCCUGGAAGCGCAUACGCCGCGAACUACACCAUGUCGCCAGCUGACAGCCGGGGCAGCCCCGUCCACACCAGCCCGACAAACACAUUGCCGGUGCGGAUGAACACCAUGAACCGCGGUACAUACAACAGCAACCAGCAGGGUGUCUUUAACAACCAAGUCGGGACAUACAGCAGCCAAACCGGCACUUAUAUCAGCCACGCACCCAGCGGCUCGCUCACGCAUAUCAUCGGACAAUACGAAAAUGCAACAGACCCCGGUAUGACUUUGCGGUCAGGGGUGGGUGCCGGUGCAUACUUUAAUCAGUCAGAGUUGGCUCGCCAGCCAUCAGACGCCUACGAUCCGGCUAGGCGGCAAGUCAACCGGGCCAGCGAGCUCUCGUCGAUUUCAUCCGGUUUCGGCGACGGGGACAUCAUCGUGCCAGGGAUGCCCGGGAUGGUGCUGCAGCCCCCUCCGCCUGUUUCGCAGUCGCUGAGAGCUAGCCAAAACGGCGUCGGUCGGUUCUCGUGGGCCAACAAGGCCAACCAGGCCAACCGCGAGACGGUCUACACAGAAGCCAGCGAGGAUUUACCACCCAGGUUCAGGACAGUCGACAGCUGGGUCAACCAGCAGACGGGCCGGGUCAAGAGGGCACAAGCGCGCCCGGAGACGGAUGAAGACAUUCCACCUGUGCCUGGUCUUCCGGCCGGGACGGGUCAAAACGGGAUGCCGCCUGAACCCCAGUUCACCAUGAUGAUGCCGGACGGGGAGGUACCUCGCCGGCCGGACAACGCGUCGUAACAGCCAGACGUGACCCGGCGGACGCCUCCACAUUUUAUUUUUGUUUUGUUUUCAUACCCAAGCAUGGCGCUGAACUGGCAGGAGUCAAAAAGGGGAGGGGAUGUAAUACCAUAACACACGCACACACUACACAUACAGGCCAAGAGCCAAAAAGGCGAUCAAAGCUCACAGAUUCUCACCGCUAUGCCCUUCCAACUCCUGCACCUUGCCACUUCUUCAAGCCUGGCGCUUGGGGGAUUUCUUGCGGGGUGAGACUUCAGUGCUAGCACGUGGCUGGCUCUGCCACCAGUGUACAACAAAUAGUUUUCUGAAGAGGCGAAAAUGUGUAGGAUGCGGCGGUAGUAAUUCAAAUGUUGAAAAGUUCCAAACCAUUCAGCUAUAUCCGUCUUACAGUGAGUUGCAUGUCGUUGGUACUUCCCUUGUGCGACAGGUUCGUGUGGGGUGAUGUGAAAUAUGUGUACGGUACACGGGCGAUCGCCAGGCACCCAUGUUUGCUGAUUUGUCAAACGGACGACCUUGUUGCACCAGUGCGUCUGGAGGUUUCUUUUUAUGGAAACACCUUUUUUGAGCGAGGAAAUGGGGCUACAUGUGUCGUGGUGUUAUCUCGCAUCGUUGCCCGGCAUGGUGAUAGGAGCCUCUUCGCCAUUGCAGUUGCGUAGGCCGGGUGGUAGUCCCAAUCCCACUCGAUAGCACAUCAUCCCAAGAACACUUCCUUCUGCGGGAGUUUGCAACCUAGCCCCCCCCCCCCUCUCUAACGAAUUUGUAUUGAUCGCUCUCGCUCGAGACAGAGGACUGUGAGCUUGCGAGUGAUUUCGCCGUCAAGGAUCAUGUCCAAGCUACUGACUCCUCCCUGCCAGAGAUCACCAAAGUAUCUGCGGUGACUGGACACUGAAUUGUUGAUUGGUGUUCGUAGGUGGACCGCCAAGGCAGACUGACUGACAGACUGAAGGAAAGAAUGAAAGAGGCUUACGCAGCAUCUCCAAACACAAGCGAGGCGCAUCGAUAGUCCAUUGUGGAGACAAUGGGAAGCAAGAGAAGCCAAGGCAGAACAAAGCGAAUCAAGAGUCCAAGAGAUGAAAAGAACGUUUUCUGACAGGUCCUCCCUUUCUCCAUU